UUAUAACACAUUGGUAACGUUACAAUAAAAGUAGGCGCAACAUAGUGAUUCAAAACAGUUUGCUGUGAAUCACCGUCGAGGGCACAUCAAUCUCUUCGCCCUGUGGCAAUUUCAAAGACCGAUCAUCAGAGCGCAUUUGUGCAUUUCACGGGGUUAUUUUUGUGUUCUGUGAGCAAUUUGACAGAGUUCCAAGUGCCGAAGGAGUCAAUUUUUUCGCUGCAGUUUUUUUUUGACGAGAGGAGCAGAAAAUUCCAAUAAAUAUAGCAAUUCCUUGAGCGACAUCAUGAGGAGGAUUACACUUUUCUUAAGCUUUUCCCUCUAUCUGUGCCUUCGCCAGACAACCGCCACAGAACUUUCCGGUGAAUCAUCUGUGAGCACGGUGAAGAGGCUGCCGGACACGAAGAUCUCCUACAUCAGGCCAUCCGCAGUGAGUCACAUGAGUGCUCAUCAUCCAGAAGGCAGAAGACUUCUGCAAGACUCGCCCAAAGCGACUGCACGCGAAAUGAUAGCGGACAAGAGGAAAUUAUCGAAUCCAGAGGUCUUCAGCAAAUUGGGCUUGGGAAAGAUGAAGAUGUCGCCGAAUCACCACAGGAAGCGCCUGGCCGUUGAAUCACGACACCACGGCCAUCCGGACGACUCCAACAUGUUCAUAAUAAAGCUGCCGCCGAACACCAACUACUACGGCAGCCUCAAGUCACGCACGGACUCCGUGAACGCCGUGACGGACGACAGCAAGAAGGUCUCGCUGGGAUUUCAGUCCAAUGGAAAACCAGGCAGAAUCUACCACUGGAACUUGCCAGUGCUGAAGAAGAUCCUGCACGACAAUCGCCCACGAAAUCCCAACUCGAGACACACGGACGACGAGGCGGCGCUGACUGACAUCAAGGACAUCCCCACGUGGAGCAAUCCCUGGGACAAUGAGACCAUCGACAAGCAGUAUCGCGAGGACAGUCAGCACCACGAGAAGAUCCUGAAGAAGAAGUCACCCACAUACUAUGCGCCAGUGCGGACAAAGAACUUCCAGAAGUACUUCCCCAGCAACGGCAAGCCCAAGAGCUUCUACGUCAUCAAGAGCCAAAAGAUGAUCCCAUUCAAGCUGUUCAAGAAGAAAUAGAGAGUCCAAAUGACGAGUUGUGAGCGAGAGUUGUAAUUUUGAAUCAAAUUCACUGAGCAAUCUUGUACUUAAAGUGCUGAAGAGACUGGCGAAAAGCGCCCCCGUUUCACAGUUUUUUGAUACUCCCAAUCUUGGGAUAUUUAUUUCUUCAUUUAAAUACGUACAUCAAUUUACUAAACUAAGCUUUUACACGAGGAUUCUAAACAAAAAAGAAAGGAAGGAAAAACGCGCAAAACAACGUAGAUUAAUCGAUUUUAGUGAUUAAUUGUACUUUAUAAUAAUUUGAUUGUUAACACACACAGAAAUGCGAUUUUUAUACUUUUUUACAUGAAAAUAAAAUAAAU